GAGUGUCAGCUGUUUACGUACAAUCACCGCGCCUCCGGUUCUCAAAUAACGGCGAAAAACAAAACAACAAACAUCCACGCUCAAACCGUGUUGCUCACAAACGUUUGCUGACAGUCUGCUACUGCUGCUGUCUUAUCUUUUUGUAGGCUAACUGGUGUAUCUGUAAAGGUAGCAGUGGAGUUUGACUGUCUUUCUCCACUUCCUGCCACCGUGUGUGAAGCUUAAAGUUGACUCGGCCACAGGAACAACAGCUGUACCCGGUGCUGUUCGGAGGAUGGACAGUGAAAUCCAGCGAGAUGGGAGAGUCCUGGACCUCACUGAUGAUGCCUGGAGGGAAGACAGACUGCCGUAUGAAGAUGUUACCAUCCCUCUGAGUGAACUGCCUGAGGCUGAGCAGGACAACGGAGGAUCCACAGAGUCUGUGAAGGAGCAGGAGAUGAAGUGGACAGACCUCGCCCUACAAAGCCUGCACGAAAACACGCCGAGCACUGGGAGCUGAAAGACUCAUCUGGAAUCAGACUGUAGAACAAACAAACCUACACACACACACACACACACACAACCAACGUGCACAUCGGCUUCAACCACAUUUGAUUCACUGUCUGCUUUCAUUUUUAUUGUGUCUUUUUUAAAGGAUUUUCAGCACGUUCCAGCUAAGCAGAAGUUAUGUAAAAAUGUAUUUUGCAUUGAUAAUUGAUCUAUAUUGUGGUCUUUAUACAUAUAAAUCAAAUGUAAUUACUUUUGCAGCUUUGUAAUAACAUAAAUGAGACUUUUUGUCAGUUUCGGAGGCCUCUCAUUGGAAAUCAGUCACAUCCAAACAUCCUAGGAAGCAGUCAUUGUAUGUGUUCACAAUAACUUCUUCACCUUUAAUUGAUGGUGUUUAUGUUUUAUGUUGCACUCAGAAGGUCAGGGUGCUAGUCAACACAAGAAUACUGUGUGUGUAAAAGUGUUCUUUGCUUACUAAAACAAAUCCUGUUAUUUCAAA